CUUGCCUUCUUUUUCUUUUCUGCUUUAUUCCUAGUAAUCUCUUUCUGACUUGUCCUGUCAAUGGCUCUAUUUGAAAAAUCCAAGAGAGAAUAUGAGUAAAGAAAUGGCACCUAGAAGUUUUCAUUUUUCAAAACUAGCUAGCGUUAUUAUUAUUAUUUUUUUUUUGGUUAAACUUGUUGAAAUAGUUUUUGGGGUGGAAGAUCAACCAUAAAAGAUUUAGUUUUUGGUAUCCUCUGUGUUUUGAGUAUGUUUUUGUGACUUUGGAUUAGAGGACUACUCUACUGUCAAUACUCAUUAUAUGCCCAAUUUGUUUGACAGAUGAGAUUGGUAGUGUUUGGGAAAUGAAAAGAACUGAAAAGAGAGUAGUUGGAGUUAGACAUUUGUUGCUGUCAUAUUUAUAUGUGCGUCCUUGCCUUGCGUUGGCUGUUCAUAUACUAAUAAAUACCUUUUUAUAUAAAGAAAGAAAGAAAGAAAUAAUAAUAAUUUAAUUAUAGACGUUGGAAAAGAAUUGAUUAGUGUGAGAAAGUUUUUCCUUUUUCUUUUUUUAAGGAGUGAGAGAUUGAAUUGUCCACAGGUUUUGAGCGUCACAGCGAUGAUAUAUUUAGAUGAUUUGUGGUAGUGGAUGGCAACAAGUAAUUCCGAUCUCUGUUUGUUAAACCAAAACAGAGCAAAUAUGAUGAUAUGAUAUUGAUUGUACAGCAAUAGAAACCGAAAAGAAAAGAAAAUAAAAAAUAAAAAAUUGGGUGUGCAGUGAGAUGAUGAUGAAGUUUCUGAGUCUCUUGAUUUUGGCUUCCAUUCCCGUUCUGAAAGUGCUUCUGAUUACAGGGCUUGGCUCUUUUCUGGCUCUCCCUUCCAUCGACAUCUUGGGCCAAGAAGCCAGAAAGCAUUUGAAUGGAGUGGUUUUUUACGUAUUCAAUCCUGCCCUCGUCUCCUCCAAUCUUGCUGAAACUAUUACAUACAGCAACAUGGUCAAGAUGUGGUUUAUGCCUUUCAAUAUUCUCAUCACCUUCAUAGUGGGAUCACUAUUUGGUUGGAUUGUGAUUCAAUGGACCAAACCUCCUCCUCAUCUCCGUGGACUCAUCUUGGGUUGCUGCUCUGCUGGAAAUUUGGGCAACAUUUUACUUAUUAUUGUUCCAGCCGUUUGUCAAGAAAAGGGAAGCCCCUUUGGGGACUCAGACAAGUGCACCACUUAUGGAAUGGCUUAUGUUUCUCUUUCAAUGGCGAUUGGAGCCAUUUUUUUAUGGUCUUAUGUUUACAAUAUUGUUCGAGUUUCUUCAAUGAGCCACAUCACUGCGGAUCCCGCCUCUAAUAACUUGCCCAUCACUAAUACCUCCUCCAUUGAGGAACCAUUGAUUCACAAUCAACCACUUGUUGUUUAUAAUGAUGAUGAUGAUGAUGUUUCUAAUUCGAAGAAAUUAUUGGUUUUGGAGGAAAAUGCAGUCAUCUCCUCUUCUAAAUCCAAACGUGAGGCUUCAGCUGCUGUCAGAAUAACCACAUUCAUCAAAUCGCUUAAUUUGAAAGCAUUGUUUGCUCCUUCAACAAUUGGAGCGAUUGCUGGUUUUGUGAUUGGUCUCAUUCCUCAACUCAGAAACUUACUGAUCGGUGCCGAUGCUCCUUUGCGUGUCAUCGAUGACUCAGCUGCCUUGUUGGGAAAUGGAGCCAUUCCAACUGUCACAUUAAUUGUUGGAGGGAACCUUCUAAGAGGUUUGCGAGGAUCGGAAUCGGAGUUGAAGAAAUCCAUCGUUGUUGGGAUUGUUUUGGUUCGUUAUGUCGCGCUGCCUCUGACUGGAAUUUUGAUUGUGAGAGGAGCUGCAAAAUUUGGUUGGGUGGGAUCUGAUCCCUUGUAUCUGUUUGUUCUUCUGCUUCAAUUUGCAGUCCCACCAGCAAUGAACAUUGGAACAAUCACUCAAUUGUUUGGAGCUGGAGAGGCCGAAUGCUCGGUUAUUUUGCUGUGGACCUACGUCCUAGCUUCAAUUUCAUUGACCCUUUGGUCCACCUUGUUCAUGUGGCUAGUGGGUUGAUCAACAACCAAACCACAUAAAAACUCGUGUUCUAAGGCCAUGAGGAUACUUUAGUAGGAUUUUAUAGAUGUAUGCACAAUGCAUGAGCUUAAUAUUUUAUAAUAGAAUUUUACAACAAACUCACUUUUUGAUAUAUUUGUUCAUUUAAUUUCUAUGAAGUUACAAAAUUCAAUGUA